AAAGAUUUAAGUCAUGGCUCCUUCUGAUUCCAAGAGAAAAGACGCUUCGAGUGCCCGACAUCGCUCCCAUAAAGGCUGUUGGACGUGCAAACGGAAACGCAUUCAAUGUGACGAGACGCGACCCGGUUGUCAAAAGUGCAGCUCGAGGGGAGUUGCCUGCGAAGGUUAUGAGAUUAGACUUCGCUGGGGCGCUGGUAUCGCGUCAAGAGGUCGAUACAGUGGGGCGGAGAAACCUGUCAAGGAGUUUAUACCUCCACCAUCAAAGCGCAGGUGGGAUCUACGUGACAAGGGCGAGCAAAGAGAGGAGGGAGAUCAUCAGGGGCAACCCAUUUUGUUAUUCGGUUCAAGUUCCGAUGAAGUCCGAUCGAUGGCACAUUUGAAUCAACCGAUUUAUGAACGACCGACAGUGAAUAUCCUGAACGUACCUUAUGGCGAUAGCCAAACCGACUACAUACAUAUUAAGAAACACUUUGAACUUCCUGUUUCAAUGAGGAAUUUCGAAAACACGCAGGAACAUCUACUUGGAAGGGGUUCAACUCAAUAUUCAAAGAAUAUAACAGGAAGUCCUGCUAUUCUUGCUUGAAUAGGCCUGUGUAUUGAGAUUUUGAAGCGUUUUAUGUCUCUUCGGCAAACUAUAAUAUUCAUGAAUUAUGAGAUUCUUCUUCGAAUCAAA